AUGCGCGCGGACCGCGCCGCGCUCUACGCGUGGCUCGUCUGCUGUGCCGUCGCGCUCUCCACGCACAAGUACAGCACGCGCGUCGUUCGCACCAAAUACGGACCCCUACGGGGCAUCGUGGUCCACGCACACCCGCAAGUCGAAGCUUACUUGGGAGUGCCGUAUGCCACACCACCCCUCGGUAGCCUUAGAUACAUGCCGCCGGUGACGCCGUCUCAGUGGCGUACUCCACGACUGGCAGACGCCGCGGGUCCCGCCUGCCCGCAGCGUCCACCCCCCGCCGCCCCACUGGACGACGCCUUGCUCACCCACCCGCGCGCUCGAAUUAAGCAGCUUGAGAGACUGCUGCCCAUGCUUACUAACCAGAGUGAAGAUUGCCUUUAUGUCAACCUGUAUGUGCCCGUAACUGGUGCAGAGAUGGAGUCUGAGAAAGCAAGAUUGCCAUGUCUUUUGUUCGUACACGGGGAGUCUUAUGAAUGGAGUUCGGGCAAUGCGUACGACGGAACAACUUUAGCCGCACAUGGCAACAUCAUUGUAGUUACUAUCAACUUUAGAUUAGGUGUUUUGGGUUUUUUAAAAACUGGUGCUAAAGGGUCAGCGCAGGGUAACUUUGGCCUAAUGGAUUUGGUUGCCGGACUGCAUUGGUUACGUGAAAAUCUUCCCGCUUUCGGGGGUGAUCCUGAAAAGGUGACUCUGAUGGGACAUGGUACUGGUGCCGCAUUAGCUAACUUCUUAGCCGUAUCACCUGUAUCUAGAGAGUUGCUGAGGCGUGUCAUUUUGUUAAGCGGAUCCGGACUCAGUUCAUGGGCACUGCAAAGGGAUCCUCUGUCAAUAAAACGAAAGGUGACACAGCACACCGGUUGCUAUGGAGACCUUUUAGAAGAUGAUAUAGCACCCUGCCUACGCAACAAGCCUCUCACCGAAUUGCUAUCUGUGCGUUUGGAUCCUCCAAGAUUCCUCCCAGGCUUCGCACCAUUUGUUGACGGAACAGUUAUUGUUAAUCCUUCCCUCGCGCCCCCUCCCACGGAUAGUUCGCGGUUAGGAGCCGGCGCGGCAGCUGUGGCUAGCGCUGCCGGUCAUGAAUUAGCCGACUUCCCGCAGAGAGAACUGCUUUUUGGACUCACUACUACGGAGUCUUACUUGGAAUUCAAUGCUCAAGACUUGGAGUUUGGCUUCAAUGAGAGCCGCCGCGACCGCAUUCUGCGUACAUUCGUCCGAAACGCUUAUUACUACCAUCUCAACGAGAUAUAUUCAACUCUCAAAAACGAAUAUACUGACUGGGAUAAACCCGUGCAGAAUCCGCUGAGUGUGCGCGACGCUACUCUAGAGAUACUUAGCGAUGGCCGCACCGCAGCGCCGUUAAUAAGAUUGGGAUACCUCCACGCUUUACGCCGCGGUUCAACUUAUUUCACACAUUUUCACUACCUUUCCCCUGACAAGGACUAUCCCCAGCGACCAGGAUCGGUGCACGGCGAGGAGCUACCUUUCUACCUUGGAAUGCCAUUAUCUCAGGCCUACCAUCACUUGAACUUUACAUUACAAGAACAACGUGUGUCGAAAUUAUGUAUGCAUUAUGUGGCUAAUUUUGUUCGUUAUGGGAACCCAAAUGAUCCCUCAGCGACUCCGCCACCGAGCCCAAUGCUAGGUGAACCUGUCGUAGUAAGCCCUGAUGAUAUUCCCUACUGGGACACCUACGAUACAAUUAACCAACUCUAUAUGGAGAUGAGUACUAAGCCUGGUAUGCGAAGUCAUUAUCGUGGUCAUAAAAUGUCGUUAUGGUUAUCACUGAUCCCACAACUGCACCGACCUGGUUCCGAUUUGCCUGACGCUGCCAUGAGGCACCAUCACUUUCAAGAUGACCAAAAUUAUUAUGAAGGUGCAGUCAGAGAGCAAUCGAUGUCCAGAGCUCACGUCCCACACGUUGUAAAUAUUGGACGUGGUGGCGAUAAAACUACGCCUUCGAGUCGUUCUGCAUCACCAAAACCAUCUCCCGCCCCUCCAGUUUCAACUGAAUGUCCACCAAACGCUACAGUCACUCCCAUACAAACUGAUGACGCACUUCUACGAAGACUUGCCUCCUCGCAUUACCAGUCGUAUACAGCUGCUCUCACUGUUACAAUUGCCGUUGGAUGCUUUUUAUUACUACUUAACGUACUGAUUUUUGCUGGAAUUUAUCAUCAAAGGGGGACACGACCUCGACGAUCCAAAGAUGAUCUUACUGAGGCAGGAAGUUCUUCAUCGUCUGAUAAUUAUGACGGAAAAAUCGAUUAUGAAGUAAGAGCCUUUGAGGGGAAAGGGUUUGGCUUUGAGUGUAAGUCGGCUCAUGUGCCGCGUGGGUCAGGUUCCAAGUUUGAUUUACGAACUUUGUCAGACUGUGGUGAACCAACUUUCGGUGAAUAUAGUUGUUACGAUGAAAAACAUCUGGCCGCGAGAAGGUCGUUGCCGGAUGUGAGUGUUGGUAGUGCCAUUGACGCUGGUAAUGUUGUGUGUAUAGAUACACAAAAACCAGAUAUACAAAGAAUAGAAGCACGCAUUCAAGAAGCUGUAAGCAGGACCAGUACCUUCGAGCCUCGAGUGGUUGAUAGUUCGACCCAAGUGAAGUUUGGCCCUUUAUGUGAUGGCCAAGAAGUCCUCUCCGAUUCUAAUGGGGAUUCUGAAGGUGCAACUGGUUCAGGUAUUUUAAGAGUUCCACCUGCACCAACAACACCAGCGCCACCUGGUAUUAUGAAAAAAAGAGUUCAAAUACAAGAGAUAUCAGUAUGA